AUGUCACGUUCUAAAGAAGGAUUCUUAUGGACACCAACCCAGGAAACUGAGGGUCUGCUUAGCGACGCGGUACAGCAGGGAUCUCGUAGUAUUCAAGAUUACUAUGAUGUUAUUGUUGUUGGUGCCGGAUUUUCGGGCCUCAUCGCUGCUCGAGAUCUAACCCAAAAACAUGGGCUUAGGGUCCUACUGGUGGACGCCCGGGAUCGAAUUGGCGGCCGUACCUGGACAGCAAAAGUGCAGGGCGAGGAGAUCGAGAUGGGAGGCACCUGGGUUCACUGGAACCAGCCACAUCUUUAUGCUGAGCUCCACCGAUACGGCCUACAUCGCAACCUCAAGACGUCUGCUGGUACGUCCGCAGCUGAAAUGCAAUAUUUCAGGCCUGGUCCAGGACAACUAGAGGUGGUGCCGGCCGAAAAGUACGUGGCAGUGUUAGAGAGUGUGGCACAACGAUUUUUCUCUAUCGAUGGGUUGGAAAGCAGAUCACUUAUGCCUUACCCCCAUGAUCCGUUGCGGCAACCAUCUCCUUGGCAGGCAUACGAUUAUCUAAGUGUGAAGGAUCGGCUAAACCAGCUACACGAUAUCCCUCAUUGGGAAAAGGAGCUGUUCGAAUCAAAUCUCAACACAUUUGGCAGCGCUCCAGGAAAAGACAUCGGCUUUGUUGAAGCACUACGUUGGUUCACAUUGGGAGGACAUAGCAUGGUAGGGGUCUUUGAGCUUGCUGGUAAAUUUAAGCUUGGAAAUGGAGGAAUUACUUCGUUUGCCCGAGCCAUCUGGAACGAAUUUAACGGAGACUCCUUAUUCAACACCCCAAUCAAUGGAAUCUACCAGGGAGAUGGUGGCGUGGAGAUCAAUACAAGCCACGGCCAAAUUUUAAGAGCUAAGCUUGUUAUAUCGACUAUUCCACUUAACUGCCUGAAUGACGUUCAAUUCAGCCCUCCACUUUCCCCUAUGCGCCAGGCAGCAAUCGCAGAAGGGCACAUUAACAGGGGGGCCAAGAUCCAUUUCAAGCUACGAGAAACCCUGCCAGGUUGGUUCUGGACCUCAAACGGCUAUAAUGGAUCGGAUUUUGUCUUUGCCUUUUCCGACCAUAAUGGAACCCAGCCUUCAGGUCCGUCCGGCACAUGGUGUAUCGGCUUUGGUUACAAUGGAUGUCUCACCGAUAAGAAGGAUAGCAGGAGUAUCUUGAAAGCUUUCAAGCAGGACAUAAAUCCUAAUCACAAUGUCGAGGCCUAUGCUACCCAUGACUGGAUGAAUGAUCCAUACGCCAAAGGUGUAUGGGCCUGUUGGGGACCUAACUCCACUUCAAAGUAUCUGAAGGCGCUGCAAAAACCUCAUGGACGUAUAAUCUUCGCUAGUGCUGACUGGGCAGCUGGAUGGCGAGGUUUUAUUGAUGGUGCCAUUGAGCAAGGCCAAUUCGCUGUUCGGGAUAUAAUACAGUUGCUGGAGAAUGAUCUGUCUACCGUCUCAGUUCGCCUUGAUCGGGCGGCACUGGACAAAAUUGAAUAUGCAAUUCAGUAUAUUGAUAAUUGCGGUCAGGACCAUGACCAUCCAUACUACCCAUCUCUGCCACUGAUUGGAGCGGCCCAUGAGGCGGAGGAUGAGACUACCCACAGCAGCCUUCCCAGUCGCGAAGGACAAGAUAUUGGCGGCUCGAAGGAAGAAAUUUAUCUCGAGAGCAUCGAUGAUUUCAUCUUCAGAAAGGAAUUGUAUAUGUCGAUAUCCGCCCACGUUGGACUGGGCUGUAGCUAG